ACUGCGGUUUGUUUAAUAACAUUUGUGUAAUAAUGCAUUAAAUAUGCUGCGAAGUAGCCAAAUUCAAACGACAUUGCUGGCUCGAAGCUUUGUCUACAUUACACAUCGGCAUGCCGCAACAAAGAAGUCUAGUAACAAACAGGAGAAAUUAAAAGCAUCAAAGAAUCCUUCCGGACAGUUUGAGUUGUCAACGGAGGAAUCGUUGAAUGCAGGUUACUUAGCCCGCACGUUAGGUAGCAAUUAUCGUUCUUGGGCAGCAGCCUUAGAGAAACACCCAGAGUUGAAAACCGUCAAGCGUAAGGAUUUACUUAGCUCUUAUGACACUCUGAAGUCGCUAAAAUACAGUGUAGACGAGAUUGUUACCAAACCUAUGAUUAUUUACUAUGGUGCAUCUACCUUAUCUAAUCGGCAUAGUGUGCUGGUCGAGUGUGGCUUCCAGAACAUCACCAUUCAAACAUUGUCCAAGUUCGUUACAGUCAUCAACAAGCCCAUAAACUUGCUCAAGGCUUACAACUACAUACCCUAUGAUGUGAAUGUGCGUAACCGGCUUAUAGAAUGUUUCACGGACGUAAUGCUGCAGGGCGUAACUCAAUUGGCGGAAGAUGAGAGUAUUACCAUGAAGGCGUUGCGUCAAGGAAUGCUUAACCUAUACUUGCGGCAACGUCUACGAAUGGACGAUGCCGAUCUACAGAAGCUGUGGCGUGUGUAUUCACGUGUGCGCCACAAAAGCUUUCGUUCCGUGCAGGAUAUUAUAGAGCUAUUGCUCACUGAAUUCAAAUUUACUGCUGAGCGGUUGCGUAAAAAUAGUUUUCUGCUGUACGGCGAUGCGGACAAUGUGCGUCGCAUUCUCAAUGAAAUACCCACUAUCAAUGGCAUUAAUAUACGUGACAUUGGCUAUCGUAGACCUAAAAUAUUAAUGUCCACAUGCGACUCCUUGAAGCAAACACUGCAACAUGUACGAACUUUUGGUAUUAGUGAGGAUGCAGUGCUGCGCUGUCUCGAAGUUCUAACUCUCGGGCCAGAUACAGUGUUGGAGCGUCUCCGUGAACUUCAUGAAAUCGAGCAGCUACAGGUGCUAGGGAGCAAUCCGCGCGUGCUACGUUUGGUGCAUUAUCAAAACAAAGCACGACUGAGGCUCGAUUACCUAAAUCAACUAAAGGUUCGCUGUGCCUCAUUGCAUAUACUAUCCUGUGGCUCUGAAGCUUUUGCGAAAUUUGCUCGUGAUGGCUCAGAUCGCACCAAGGGUCGCGACAUUGUUGUUUAUCUUAGCAAUAUUUUGGAUAAGGAUGAACAGCUGCUGCGGAAUCGCCUCUUACGACAUCCAAACUGGUGUCAUAUACCCGUCUUGCAUAUCAAACAAUGUCUGGAAUACUUGCAAAGCAAAAAAUUCAAGCUCGAAGAAAUCUUUGAAAACAUACACCUGUUGUUAUAUCCAAUCAAACGUAUUGAGGAGAAAUUGCAUUUGCUGCAGGUACCUGAUGCCUUGGAAGAGCUACAACUUCCCUUAACUGAUAUUCACCAACUAAGCAACAAUGAGACUCUUACAAUUAUUUUGUAUCUUAUCGAAUCAGAGUUUCAUUUCACUGGUGAUGGCAUUUGGACCGAGCAGCAUACGCAUCAUGUAGAAAACUUCAAUAAUUUGUUGCCAGAUUUUCCGGAGAGUCUCAACAAAGUGUAUAAAUAUGGCGUGAAGCCGUCCGAGAAGAUAAUCAUGCAACAUUUAUAGCCAACAAUAGAGAAAGCUUUGUUUUGUAAAUAAAAAAAUUAUUUUUCAAACAGUAAA